AUCAAAUCCUAUCAAAAUCCCGAUUUCUCGACCCGUCACACAAUCACAAAAAAAAAAUAUUGCCCUUAUCGAGAGGCGCAGCAGUUUGUUCUUUUCGUGCGUGUGUUUUCUUUCGUGAUAAAUUCGUCGUAAUAGCGUUGCGACUUCGAACCUUCGGCUUGUUUCGCGUACCGUUCGUUUUUGCCGGACAACGGUCAGAUUGUGUGUGUUGCUAAUCUACGUUCGGGACACCCAGUGGAGUGCCCCGAGAAAACCAUCAAGAUAAAGCCCCAGACAGAGCAGGACCAGCUGCAGCAGGCGGAAGAGCGGACGGAAAGAGAAAGUGUGUCGUCCUCGUCGGACACCUCAUCGUCAUCGCCGUCGUCCGCUUCCGCCGUAGUAGUGCUGCACCAGCUACCACCCGGAGCGGAACCAACCCAGCAACUUGAACUACACCUGCAGCAGGGUUGUUCUUCCGCUUCCUCUAUUCAGCAACAGGAGCAGCAGCUGGUUGCAAGUGAUCUGUUACUAGCGAUCGCACAAAACGACGACGUAGUUGCUUGUGACGAGUCACCGUCUAACGUAGAGGAAGAAACUGCUCCUCCGUCGGUGAACGGAGAUCCGAACGGAAGGGACGAAUCGGUCGGUGGCGGUGGUGGUAAUAAUAAUAACAGCGGCGGCAGCAGCAGCAGCUGCUGUAGUAACAUCCGGUCCGGGUUUCGAUCGCCACCCAGGGACAGCAUGCCGGUCAAGGUGGACAUUGUACCGCCACCGCCAAACAACUCCAAACAGCUGGGCGUUACCAAAUCGCUGCUGUACAAUGGGUCAAAGUUCCGGGGCUACCAGAAGUCGAAGGGGAAUUCGUACGACGUGGAGGUGGUGCUGCAGCAUGUGGACGAGGCAAAUUCGUACCUUUGCGGUUACCUGAAGAUUACCGGGCUGACGUUCGAGUUCCCCACACUGACGACCUUUUUCGAUGGGGAGAUAAUAUCCAAGAAGUAUCCCUUCCUGACGCGCAAAUGGGACGCAGAUGAGGACGUCGAUAGGAAGCAUUUCGGAAAAUUCGACGCCUUCUUAGACUAUCAGAAAAACUUCAACUCGGACGAUUUCGACUACGAUGAGCUGCACAAGAGCGACUACGUUUUCAUGAGAUGGAAAGAGCACUUUUUGGUGCCGGACCAUAAGAUUAAAGACAUAAACGGGGCUUCAUUUGCCGGCUUCUACUACAUCUGCUUUCAAAAAUCACGAGCAGUUAUGGAAGGGUACUACUAUCACCGGUCUUCUGAAUGGUACCAAUCGCUAAAGCUGGAACAUGUUCCAGAAUCCUGCAUCCAGAUUUACGAGUUUAGAUAAAUCCUGGAUGGACGCAAACAAGUAAGUACAGCACAGCACAGCAGAAACUCGAAAUCGAAAACAACCAAACAACAUCAGCAACAACCCGCGCUUUGAUAGAUAUUAGUAUCGAACUUGAUCCCCCAAUUUAUUUUAACACCUGUACGAUGUUAUUUAUCUAAGCUAGUAGUUUAGUUAUGGCAAAAAGGGAGAACAAAUCAGUAGCAAUGCAGAGCAAAUGCAACAUCAAAAAAAGAAUAUGAAGCAAAAUCAUUAGGAAAUGAUCGUGCCAUCUCGCUUGGUGACACCGCUUAGAUUUACAAUAAAUUAACACGUGAUCUACUGAUUAUUUUACAACGUUAGAUUGUUCACUGUUUGCUCGAGUAGGGUUACUGCUGUUAAGCUCCGUUGGCGUACCUGCGACAAAUUUCGAUGGGGUGGACGUUGCUUUGGGUGUACAUAAUUUGGUGAGAUCGUUCCAUUUUUUUCUGUAAAACCGUAAUGACUCCCAAAUGUUGUGAGAAGUAGUAAGGUUUGUCAAAACUGAUGGCGUUCCCAUUUAACACGAGAAUAGUGAAUGAUUAACCUUCAAAUUUCUUUAUAAUCUGUCCAGGAAAUUGUCCCAAGGUUCAGAAAAUCCCACAUUGAUUAAAGUUCAUGAAUAACACACCCGGUGCACAUUUAACUGUCAGAAGACGAACAAAUAUGGCAAACUCAAACAAAAAUAAUAUAAUAGUAAGAACAAAUGGGUCUUUAAUCUUGCUUAAUCUAAAAAACAACAGACAAUUGUAGACAUAGCUUUAGAUUUUUCAACGUGUUUGUUUAUGUUUAAAAAACAAAACCGGAUGCAACGUACUCAAAUUCGAAGAUCGCGCAAGCGUCUCUAUAAAAUUAGUUUAGAAAUUGUUUCUUAACACGAUAAGCUAUCUAAAUAUCUUACCUGAAAUGCCAUUUUGUUAACCGUACGGUUUAUUUAAUAGCUUUCAUAAUCUUAGAGAACAAAAAAAAAGGAGUAACAAUUUUUUAUUGUUACAAUCUUGUGCGUAAUAAUCUCGCACAGUGAACGACAUAGAAGGAGAGCAGAUGAGAAGCGGGACAGAAUCAAAACCGGUAAAGUGUAGGAAUAGCAUUUUCAGUUACUAUAUUUUUUCUGUUACUUUUUUUGGGGGGGGGGGGGGGGUUUCGAUUCUGGUUAGUCCGAAUCGAUUCGCCGACCAACAACAUCAUCAGUUUUCUUCGGGUAAUUUUCAAAAUGUGGUCAACGGGAACCACCAACCAAUCAGCAAGAUGUGAUGGUGUGGCGAUGGUGUGAGUGCUGAUACACACAAACGGAAUGUUUCGUGGCAAGCCAUGAAUGAGUGGUCUUGGCAAGUUUUUGUGCCCGGCAUUAUUAUGAUAUUACUAGACAUACUUACAUAUUAUAGUUGUAUUUCUCCCUCGUAACAAAUUUGGGUCAGAGAAACGUGAAUACACAAAUAUUACAUAAUAUAUUAAUAUAUAUAUUUUCAAUAAAAGGAAACCGCGCGUUCACAAGCGCGGUGAAGCAA